AUGGACUACGCGGCAUGCAAUGUGGUGUAUGUGGAUCGCACAGCCCAGGAGGACAAGUUGGUGAAGAGGGACGAUGCGACAUUGUCCAGUUUAGAUAAGCCUCCAAACCAUGCCGCAGAUAAUCAUGCGCCGGUUUCCAAUGCUCCCAGUCCCGUGGAAGAGAACCUCCAAGUCUUGCUCGAGACAUUUAGUGAAGUCCAUGUCUGCACAUCGGGGAAAGCCUGUGUCUCGAAACUCUCCGAGUUGAAUCAAGCGUCGAUUGUCGAAUUAAUACCUACCCUCGUCCUCAUUGACAUCCCGUACGAAGACCAAUUGAACGAGCGACCGGGGAGAGAAAUACGGACGCCAUCUCCAAGCUCGAAGCAACAGAUUGGAAUACUCGAGGAGCGCUCUGAUGAGGCAUACGGCUUAAAGCUUCUGCAGUGGAUAGCAUCGGAAAUACAAUAUCAGAGCUUAUCAAGGCUGGUGGUUCCAGUGGCAGUCGUCUCGAUACCAGAGCAUAAUUUGCUGCCUACGAUAUCCAGAUCACGGACAGACUCCGAAUCAAGAAAGCAAUUCAGCUAUUCAUUUUCGCAGAAGAAGCGCGCUGGAUUGGUCAAGCCAUUAGAUCAAAUCAGAACCGUCCGAUAUCUAGAUAUCGGAGCUGUAGACGUUUUGACAAGUCCACUUCUGCACGAACGACUACCCAGCCUAGCAAUUCAUGCAUACAGGGCGCAUAAGGAUGCGUCUAAGGAACAAAGAGCACUACUCGAGAUGAAGCGAGGCAGGAAGCGGUCUUGGGUAGGAGUGGAUGAUUCGAAGCCGUACGCGUAUUUACGGGAGGCAAUGGUCUCAGGCUUAAUGGAUGGUAUUUGCAAACUAGGUGGAGAGGAUGAGUCUUUUGGUCAUGUCAGGAUCUCUAUCGCAUUAGAUCGCCGCGAGAAGAUCUCAGCAGCUGUUGCUUCAUGGAAUUUCUCGGCCCACGAUUUCACAGACGAUGAGCUGUUGCAUGCAGCACUCCUCAUGCUACAGCAUGCACUUGCAAUGCCGGAAUUGGAGAAGUGGCGGAUAUCGACAGAAAACCUCACAGGCUUCUUAAUAGCCAGUCGUUCUGCGUACAAUGCCUUUGUUCCCUAUCACAACUUUCGCCAUGUCGUCGAUGUCUUACAAGCCAUCUUCCACUUCCUCGUGCGACUGGGAAGAUUACCCCCGUACCCCGCUGCUACGACUUCCUCGAGUCUACCGCCGUCCCCAAUCGCACAGCUUAUUCGACCUUUCGACGCUCUCACGUUACUGAUCACCGCCAUCGGUCACGAUGUUGGUCAUCCUGGCGUCAAUAAUGCCUUCCUGGUUACUCUUAAUGCUCCUCUAGCUCAGCUCUACAACGAUAGAUCAGUUCUCGAAUCAUUCCAUUGUGCGGCAUACUCGCAAAUUCUUCGUCGUCAUUGGCCAGCCGCAUUUCAAGGAGUUGAGAUGAGGCAACUCAUGAUCAACUCCAUCCUCGCAACCGAUAUGGGUCUUCAUUUCGAUUACAUGAAGAAGCUUGGAUGGCUUCAAGAUAAGUUGCACGAGAACGGAGGUACUGAUGGCUGGAAUGGUAGACUUAUUGAGGAACAACGGACUCUCGCUUGCUCAUUGCUGAUCAAGUGUGCUGAUAUUAGUAAUGUGGCUCGAAAAUAUAAUGUUGCAGCACAAUGGACAAUGAUAUUGACGGACGAGUUUGCUCGCCAAGCCUCGAUGGAACAAGAUCUCGGCAUCCCUUCCGCGCUUUUUGCAGCUCCCGUACGAGAGGUCGUCGAGCUUGGAAAGUCCCAGAUUAGCUUCAUGAACAUGUUCGCCAUACCAUUGUUCCAAGGAGUCACUGAUGUCAUGCCAGGAAUGGCCUUUUGUGUGGAAGAGCUUCAAUCUAAUAAGGCUGCUUGGGAGGAGAAGAUUGCAGAUGAGCAAGCGAAAGCAAGACAAGACAGCGAAGAUUCGUUAAUGAAGGACGGCAUGUUCUCCCCGCGUACGAUGAGCGUGGCAAAUCCUUCUGAUGCAAGUCACCAGAAGUUAAGUAAUGCCACGUUGUCCCCUGAGCCUGACCUGAGGAAGACUGUAUUGAGCAAGCCCUCUUUCACGCCUGCGAAUGGUGUCUUGGACGAGACAACACCACAUCAUCAAUCGCUUCCGGAGAUCUCGACGUCGCCUCUUUCCCUGUCGGAAGCCUCAUCACCGGCAAGUGAAGCAGACACCGCUUCAAAACGGACUGUCAAGCCAAGUCAACUCCAGCUCAGCUUUGCAACAGCUAGUGCUCCUGGCUUGCUUGACCAUCCCAGUCAAGACUCCCACGUACUGCCCAAUGGCCAGCUCCAGAUGAAUGGCUUUGCGGUAACGCCAUCACUGGUAACCGAUGCUGUCGUUGUCGAUCCUCCAACUCCUCUGGAACCCAAAUCGCGAGGCUCGGAUAAGCUACGAACCGAACGUAGCAGCGAAGGAACAGAAGGCAGCAACUCGGCUAUUGGAGAUUGGACGAGUCAAGCUACAAGCGCAACAACAGGCAAGAUGCCGUUAAGUCCUAGCACUCAAGGUACAAGCAUCAUGAGCGAUUCAGAAUCUCUUAGCAAGGAGGGCAAUUCGGUCUUAACACCUACAGGGACACCAAAUCGUAUCGAAACUCCGAACCACGACUACCGAAGUAGUCCUUGUCCCAGCUCAAGUCCGACUCCGAGUCCUCGUGACAGUAGACAAAAGGAUCAAAGCGAAACGUCAUCAGCCGGUGAUGAUGGGAAGGAAAAGGAAGAGAACAAGGGAAUGCUGAUUAUGGACAAGGUCAAGACGUUAAAGAAGAAACCGAGUCGAUUCCGUAUGAACUUCUGGAAGAGGAGUAAGAGUUCGAGUCCGCCGAUGCCUGUUGGGGGAGCACGGGUUGGGGGAAGCGAAGAUGAUGGACGGAGCCAGUGA